AAGCAAAAUAAAUCUUAUUGGCGUAGGAUCAAGAUAAGUAUCAAGAUUUUUUGUAGAGUUCAUCCAUGCAUUCUAAAUACCCAAUUAAGAUGGUUAAGUUUAUAAUUAUGCUAAAAAUAAUUAUCCCACAAAGAAGAAUGCCACAUAAAAAAAUUCAUUUAUACAAAGGGUAAACAUUGGACGAUGGGUAGUCUAUUAAAGUCUCUGCUACCAGUCGCUGAAGCGAGGGAUCCCGCAUCCGACCAAGUUUUUGACCAGUCGCCGGCGGGCCCUGAGCGCGGUGGGAACGGGCUUCCCAAAAAGCCAGCCUCGAUUCCAAGAGUUCCUCCACAAGCUAUUUCCGAUUUCAAUUCCAAUUUCUCUGAAGUUCCAAUUGAAGCUGUUGGUAAGAAGUGGAAGGAUCAUAAAAGCUGGUUGAAGGGAAGAUUUUAUUAUCCUGAGAAGUCUGAGGAAAAUGCUAGAAAUGUUCCACGCAAUGUGUUACCUAAUGAUUGGCAGUACUUGGUACACUACUGGAAAUCUGCUGGUGGCAAGAAAAAGGAAGAAAAAUGCAAAAAGAGUCGAGCAAUGCAGAAGAUUACACAUGCAACUGGUAGUAAGAGCUUUGCUAUACUACGAGAUGAAAUGGAAGAGAAAAAUGGUGGUGAGCUUGUGGGAGAAAUAGAUUUUUAUAUGGCUACUCAUUUGAACAAAGAUGGCAAAUAUGUUGAUGAAGAAGCAGAAAAAAAGGCCAAAGAAAUGCACACAGAGAGGUUAGCAACUAGCUCAUUAGAUGCAAUAUCCCUACAACAGGCAGUUAUGUCUGAAGUGAGGGGUAAGGAGGCUUAUGGUCGUGUUCGUGGCUCGGGUUUAGGGCCUACACCAACAAAGGUCUUUGGUGCUCAUACAUUUGUCUCUACAGCUGCUCAAAAUCAAGAAGUUAUUGAGUUGAAGGGUCAGGUGAUUGAACUUAGAGAACAAGUGGCUUCUCUAGCUGCUCUAGUUAGGCAGUUGACUGCAAAUAUGAACCCUUAAACUUACCAGUUGUGGCCGGUGUAGGAAACCAGGCCAAAUUAGUGUUCGUUAAGGACUGCAAGACCAAGAUGACAAUGACUGUGUCAGAAUGGAGGUGAAGAGUCUCAAUGCAAUAAGGAUCGCUCUCAAGA